GUGGAGGAGGCCUGAACCGCAGUUUCCCUGUUUGAGGGACAGGAACUCCCUGCUCUACUUCUCUCCCCCGCCCAUGAUAAUAACACCGAGCGAAGAAAGAGUCCACCGGCCGACGACAGAAAACACUCCCUCGGACAGAAAGCGUUCAAACCCGGGACGCCCGGGGGGUCACGACAGCGUCUAAACCACCGGCUACAUGGCGCUGUAGUGGGGUGUUUACACGCACAAGUUUUCCAACAACUCCGGCAAUAUGACGUCCGCUGUGACUUUAGAGGAUGCUCUGUCCAACGUGGACUUGCUGGAGGAGCUGCCGCUCCCAGACCAGCAGCCGUGCAUCGAGCCCCUCCCUGCCUCCAUCAUGUAUCAGCCCAAUUUCAACACCAACUUUGAGGACCGAAACGCUUUUGUCACCGGCAUCGCCAGAUACAUUGAGCAAGCCACAGUCCACUCCAGCAUGAAUGACAUGUUGGAGGAGGGGCAGGAGUAUGCUGUCAUGCUGUACACCUGGAGAAGCUGCUCCCGUGCAAUACCGCAGGUGAAAUGCAAUGAGCAACCCAACAGGGUGGAGAUAUAUGAGAAGACUGUGGAAGUCCUUGAGCCAGAAGUCACCAAACUGAUGAAUUUCAUGUACUUCCAGCGCUCUGCGAUUGACCGUUUCUGCGGCGAGGUCCGCCGGCUGUGCCAUGCCGAGCGCAGAAAAGACUUUGUCUCAGAGGCGUACCUGCUGACUCUCGGAAAGUUCAUCAACAUGUUCGCGGUGCUGGACGAACUGAAGAAUAUGAAGUGCAGUGUCAAGAACGACCACUCUGCAUACAAACGAGCUGCCCAGUUUCUCAGAAAGAUGUCCGAACCGUCCUCCAUUCAGGAGUCUCAGAAUCUUUCCAUGUUCCUGGCAAACCACAACAAAAUCACUCAGUCACUGCAGCAGCAGCUGGAGGUGAUCAACGGCUACGAUGAGCUGCUGGCCGACAUCGUCAACCUGUGUGUGGAUUACUAUGAGAACAAGCUGUAUCUCACCCCCACUGAGAAACACAUGCUGCUCAAGGUUAUGGGCUUUGGCUUGUACCUCAUGGAUGGAAACAGUAGCAACAUCUACAAACUAGAUGCCAAGAAGAGAAUCAACCUCACCAAGAUUGACAAGUUCUUCAAGCAACUGCAGGUGGUCCCGCUGUUUGGUGACAUGCAGAUCGAGUUGUCUCGGUACAUCAAGACCAGCGCUCACUUUGAAGAGAACAAAUCCAGAUGGACCUGCACCUCUAUAUCCAGCAGCCCGCAGUACAACAUAUGUGAGCAGAUGAUUCAGAUCAGGGAGGAUCACAUGCGCUUCAUCUCCGAGCUUGCUCGCUACAGCAACAGCGAGGUGGUGACUGGAUCAGGCCGUCAGGAGUCCCAGAAGACGGAUGCUGAAUACAGGAAGCUGUUUGACCUGGCCCUGCAGGGCAUGCAGCUGCUCUCCCAGUGGAGCGCUCACGUUAUGGAAGUGUAUUCAUGGAAACUGGUUCACCCGACAGACAAAUAUUCCAACAAGGAGUGUCCUGACAACGCCGAGGAGUAUGAGAGAGCCACCCGCUACAACUACACCAGCGAGGAGAAGUUUGCACUUGUAGAGGUGAUGGCGAUGAUAAAGGGACUGCAGGUGCUGAUGGGGCGCAUGGAGAGUGUGUUCAACCACGCCAUCCGUCACACCAUCUACUCGGCGCUGCAGGACUUCGCUCAGAUUACUCUAAGAGACCCACUGAGGCAGGCCAUCAAGAAGAAGAAGAAUGUCAUUCAGAGCGUCCUUCAGGCGAUCCGGAAGACUGUCUGUGACUGGGAGACCGGCCGAGAGCCACACAACGACCCCGCCCUCCGCGGAGAGAAAGAUCCAAAGGGAGGCUUCGACAUUAAAGUUCCUCGUCGAGCUGUGGGGCCUUCCAGCACUCAGCUCUACAUGGUGAGGACGAUGCUAGAAUCUCUUAUUGCAGACAAAAGUGGGUCAAAGAAGACUCUGCGCAGCAGUCUUGAGGGUCCCACCAUCUUGGACAUUGAAAGAUUUCACAAGGAGUCUUUCUUUUACACACAUCUGCUGAACUUCAGCGAGACUUUGCAGCAGUGUUGUGAUCUCUCCCAGCUCUGGUUCAGGGAGUUCUUUCUGGAGCUCACCAUGGGCCGCAGGAUCCAGUUCCCCAUCGACAUGUCCAUGCCAUGGAUCCUCACCGAUCACAUCCUGGAGACCAAGGAGGCUUCCAUGAUGGAGUAUGUGUUAUAUCCCCUGGACUUAUACAACGACAGCGCACACUAUGCUCUGACCAAAUUCAAGAAGCAGUUCCUCUAUGAUGAAAUAGAGGCUGAGGUCAACUUGUGCUUUGAUCAGUUCGUCUACAAGCUGGCCGAUCAGAUAUUUGCCUACUACAAGAUACUAGCUGGAAGUCUUCUUCUUGAUAAACGUUUGAGAGCCGACUGUAAGAACCAGGGCGCCAACAUUCCCUGGCCCACUUCCAACCGCUACGAAACCCUGCUGAAGCAGCGCCACGUCCAGCUCCUGGGACGCUCCAUUGAUCUGAACCGACUCAUCACCCAGCGGGUUUCAGCAGCUCUUCACAAAUCUUUGGAGCUCGCAAUCAACCGCUUCGAGAGUGAGGACCUCACCUCUGUAAUGGAGCUGGAAGGUCUUCUAGAGAUCAAUCGCAUGACACACAAGCUCCUCAGUAAGUUCUUGACUCUGGACAGCUUUGACGCCAUGUUCCGCGAGGCCAACCACAACGUUUCGGCCCCGUACGGGAGGAUAACGCUGCACGUCUUCUGGGAGCUCAAUUAUGACUUCCUGCCCAACUAUUGCUACAACGGUUCUACCAACAGGUUUGUGCGCACCAUCCUGCCCUUCUCUCAAGAGUUCCAGAGGGAUAAACCCUCCAACGCUCAGCCCCACUAUCUUUACGGGUCAAAGACCUUGAACCUGGCAUACAGCAGCACAUUCAGCACCUAUAGGAACUUUCUGGGCCCUCCACACAUUAAGGUCAUGUGCAGACUGCUGGGCUACCAGGGCAUUGCUGUGGUGAUGGAGGAGCUGCUUAAGGUUGUCAAAAGUCUGCUUCAGGGCACCAUACUGCAGUAUGUGAAGACUCUGAUGGAGGUGAUGCCGAAGAUUUGCAGACUUCCGCGUCAUGAGUAUGGGUCCCCUGGCAUCCUGGAGUUCUUCCACCACCAGCUGAAGGACAUUGUCGAGUAUGCCGAGCUCAAGACGGUGUGUUUCCAGAACCUGAGGGAGGUGGGCAACGCCAUCCUGUUCUGCCAGCUGAGUGAGCAGAGCCUGUCUCAGGAGGAAGUCUGUGAUUUGCUGCAUGCUGCACCUUUCCAAAACAUUCUGCCGCGAGUCCACGUCAAAGAAGGGGAACGCCUGGAUACCAAGAUGAAGCGACUGGAAGCUAAAUACACAGCGCUGCACAUGGUUCCUCUCAUUGAGCGCCUCGGAACACCACAGCAAAUAGCCAUUGCACGUGAAGGCGACCUCCUGACCAAAGAGAGGCUCUGCUGUGGCUUGUCUAUGUUCGAAGUCAUCCUCACACGUGUGCGAGGCUUCUUGGACGACCAGAUCUGGCGUGGCCCGUUGCCUAGUAACGGUGUGAUGCAUGUGGACGAAUGCGUGGAGUUUCACCGCCUCUGGAGCGCCAUGCAGUUUGUCUACUGUAUCCCUGUUGGAACCAAUGAGUUCACAGUGGAGCAGUGCUUUGGAGAUGGCCUCCACUGGGCAGGCUGCAUGAUAAUCGCCCUCCUUGGACAACAAAGACGAUUUGACAUCCUUGACUUCAGCUAUCACCUGCUCAAGGUGCAGAAACAUGACGGCAAGGAUGAGAUCAUCAAGAGUGUGCCCUUGAAGAAGAUGGUGGACAGAAUCCGCAAAUUCCAGGUCCUCAACGACGAGAUCUUCGCCAUCCUGAACAAAUACCUGAAGUCUGGAGACGGAGAGAACAUGCCGGUGGAACAUGUCCGCUGCUUCCAGCCACCGAUCCACCAGUCGCUCGCCAGCAGCUGAGGUGCUGCUGUUCUUCUGUUCGUACUUUGGACCACAUCUGAGUUCCAAACACUGUCAGCAUUCUCAAUAUUCGUUAGGCCUUAAGUAGGAAAGGACCAUUAACUGCGAUAAGGGGCCACUUUUUGCCUUUUUUUGUUUUGUAUUCACUUGUGCCUUAUAUGAAAAGAAUAGAUUAGAUUUAUGAGUAUUUAAGGGUUUGCAGUGGUGGAAUAUUAAAGGGUGAACCUAUUUUAAGAAAGGAAGAAAAGGUAAUUUUGUACCGUCUACAUUAUUGAACAUGCAUGCUCAAAUAUAACGAUUACUGAGAAAUAGCGCUCAUCCUAAUGUUAAGCAAAUUAUUCUCUGUGCCUUGGGUUUGAAAUCUUUUAAUCAUUUUAAUUCAAUAAAUAUGUAACAAAUCUG